CCAGCAAGCGAGCAGGCAGAAGUCCCAGACGAUACCUUCCUGCAGUGGCAUCAUGUCGCGCAGCGGAGCGUGUCCAGAGGAGCGCCAGCAGGCGUCAGAGGCGGACGCCAUGGACACAGCCUUCCGGGCGAGCGGUAACUGCAGGGCGGACGGGGCUCGCUGGGACGCGGAGCCGAGCCCUCCCCUUCCUUAGGAAGUUGUCGUCCCUACCGGCAGAGCAUCAGCAUAUCCGCUACAACCCGCUACAAGAUGAGUGGGUGCUGGUGUCAGCUCAUCGCAUGAAGCGGCCCUGGCAGGGGCAAGUAGAGCCCCCGCUUUUGAAUACAGUACCUCGCCACGAUCCCCACAACCCUCUGUGUCCGGGGGCCACACGAGCCAACGGAGAGGUGAAUCCCCACUAUGAUGGCACCUUCCUUUUUGAUAACGACUUCCCAGCUCUGCAACCUGAUGCUCCUAGUCCAGGACCCAGUGAUCAUCCACUUUUCCAAGCAGAAGCUGCUCGAGGAGUUUGUAAGGUCAUGUGCUUCCACCCCUGGUCGGAUGUGACACUGCCACUCAUGUCAGUCCCCGAGAUCCGCGCUGUCAUUGAUGCGUGGGCCUCAGUCACAGAGGAGCUGGGUGCCCAGUACCCUUGGGUGCAGAUCUUUGAAAACAAAGGUGCCAUGAUGGGCUGUUCUAACCCCCACCCCCACUGCCAGGUGUGGGCCAGCAGUUUCCUGCCAGAUGUUGCCCAGCGUGAGGAGCGAUCUCAGCGAGCCUAUCAGAGUCAGCAUGGAGAGCCCCUGUUGAUGGAGUACGGCCACCAGGAGCUGCUCAGAAAGGAACGUCUGGUCCUAACCAGUGAGCACUGGUUAGUUCUGGUCCCCUUCUGGGCAGUAUGGCCCUUCCAGACACUACUGCUGCCCCGUCGGCAUGUGCGGAGGCUGCCUGAGCUGACCCCCACUGAGCGUGAUGAUCUAGCCUCCAUCAUGAAGAAGCUCUUGACUAAGUAUGACAACCUAUUUGAGACAUCCUUUCCCUACUCCAUGGGCUGGCACGGAGCACCCACAGGAUCAGAGGCUGGAGCCAACUGGGACCACUGGCAGCUACAUGCUCACUAUUACCCUCCCCUCCUGCGCUCUGCCACAGUCCGGAAAUUCAUGGUUGGCUAUGAAAUGCUUGCCCAGGCCCAGAGGGACCUCACCCCUGAGCAGGCUGCAGAGAGACUAAGGGCACUGCCUGAAGUUCAUUACUGCCUGGGGCAGAAGGACAGGGAGACAGCAGCCAUCGCCUGACCACGCUGACCACAGGGCCUUCUGCCUGAGGGAACCAGGGCCUAGGGUUUGGGCAGAUGUGGGAUAAAUAAAACUGCUUCUCAAACUUUAA